UUCUUAGCAGAGCUAUUUUGGAAAUAUCCAAUGAGUGUUACAGAAAGUGAUUACAGAGUCUUAUUAGGUUGCUGAGAUUCAUAGCUAAAAAGAAGAGCCGCAAUAAAAAAGAACACUACUGCAUAAUCAAACAUAAAAUUUUUAUCAUUAUCUAGUAAGUCAUCUGGAAAUUAGUCAAUCAACAAUCUACAGAUCAGAGUUUUCUCUUUUCAGCCAUGUUGAAUGUGUUGGAGAAAGUUUUCAUGACUGUAACAGGUGGGGAACUUAUAAUUGGAAUUUUAGGGAAUGGAUUCAUUGGACUCACAACUUUCAUUGCUUGGAUUAGAAAUCAGAAGUUAUGCUUGGUUGACUUUAUUCUCACUAGUUUGGCCUUUGCCAGAAUCAGUCAACUGUGGCUAACAGUUGCCAAUUUGUUUUCAGUGCUACUCUAUCAAGAAGGCUUUGGUACUGUGGAAAGAAAUUACGUCCUUGCUAGUAGCUUGAUACUGGCCAACCACUUGAGCAUUUGGUUAGCUACUUGCCUUGUUGUCUUUUAUUUCCUGAAGAUCGCCAGUUUCUCCAAUCUCCCUUUCCUCUGGCUAAAACGGAGAAUCAAAAAAGUAGUUUUCAUACUUCUGCUAUUAUCUGUGCCGUUCCUGUUCAUGAGCUUUCCUUUCCCAUAUAGUUUUGAUGGUUUCUGGUAUCAUACCCAAAACAUUCUUGAGAGAAAUAUAACUGAGUUAUACAACGUGACCCAAAGUCAAAAAUUAAAAUUUAUGCUUAUUUUUACAGCUGGGUCCAUCCCUCCCUUCUCUCUUUCCCUGAUUUCCUUUUUCCUAUUGCUCUGUUCUUUGUGGAAACACAAGAAGCACAUUGAACUUAGUGUCAGUGAUUCCAGAGACGCCAGCAUGGAGGCCCAUUUCAGAGCCAUGAGAACUGUGUUUUUCUUUCUUGUGUUCUUUGCCCUGUACCACCUUGCUUUUUUCAUGACAUUUGGGGGGCAUUUUUUGCUGCAGAACAAGUUGGUUACGAUGUUUGGUUAUAUGUUAGGAAUUCUCUAUCCUUCGGGUCAUUCAUAUGUUAUAAUUUUUGGAAACAGCCAAAUGAGGAAAGCCUUCUUGGGGAUUCUUUGGCAUUGGAAGUGUGGGGCCUGAAAAGAAGAUGCUCUCAGCCAAGCAAAUGGGCCUGCAACAAAAGUCAUUGGCAAGUCUUCAUGGAAUCUGCCUUGCUUCAUGGGUUUCUUCCUUUUGCACACGUACUAUGGCACUGAGUAUCAUUUCAGUUCUUCCAAGACAAGGAUAGACAUCUAAUCUAGUAACUAGAGAAAAAAAAUAUCAAGAGGAAGUAUCACUCUUUGAGCUGUUAGAACUUUUGUGAAUAUACAUGUUAAAAAAUGGGCUGUGACAAAGUCACAAUCCACUCACAUGGAUCUGCAGAAGAGGAAGAUUGUUAAAAAUUAAACAAAAGUCAUCAAGAUUGAAUAAUAAGAUCUAAAAGAGAAAAAAAAAUUAAAUAGGAAAAAUAUAUCCAAAGACUAACUGAAAACCACCAGCCUUAACACUGAAUCGUUUACAGAAGACAGGAGGUCAGUACGGAUCUAUGAUGGAAACAGUCA